AGUACAACAACGAUGUUUAAACUAUUAAAACGCUAUUAUUAAAGGUAUUCAUUGUGUCGGGAACGAAAGCAUUAUAAAAUUGUGGUCUAAUUCUAUGUGAUGUGCAUAUUGUACAAACUGUGUGUGUAGUGUUGUCAUCAAUAAUUGUUGCUAAUCUUAUCUAACUUCAAAUAAUUCCUAAUCAGUGAUUAUUAUUAGUUUGAUGCCCGUGCUCCUCACAUCAUUGCUCAUUCGCAUACGAACGAACGACAGAGGAGGAGCAGCAAUUCCGGUUUUUUAAAUUUAAAUCUGAGAGAACAAAAAACAAACAAUAACAAAUAAAACCAAUGCCUUACAUGAGAUCUGGUUUGUCGAUGAGGCUAAUGCGACAAGUAGUUAGUUUACAUUCAGCUCUGAAGCCGAGAGCGUUUGCCAGAUUCUCACAAUCGUGUGAUAGCAAUUUUACGAAACACGCACCUGUUGCGGUAUCACAUAAAAUAAACUUCUGUCGGUUGCAUCAUUGCAAGGAGGGAGCCAUGGCCAUACCCCUGCGAAUCCCAUUUUCCGCGGACUUUUUCUUCCGUCAGUUAUUCGAUUCGGUUAGCAGUACUUAUACAUAUUUGUUGGCCGAUUUAAACACUCAUGAGGCUGUGAUAAUUGAUCCAGUGUUGGAACAUGCAAAACGAGAUGCGCAACUUAUUAACGAGCUGGGCUUCACUUUAAAGUACGCAAUGAACACUCACAUGCAUGCCGACCAUAUUACCGGUAGUGGUUGGUUAAAACAGCUCCUGCCCAAUGUCAAGAGUGUCAUUUCAGCCAACAGCGGUGCAAAGGCUGAUAGACUCCUUGAAGAAGGUGAAAAAGUCCAUUUUGGAAGGCACGAAAUCGAAACAGUAGCAACUCCUGGUCAUACAAAUGGUUGUAUGUCGUUUGUUAUUCACGAACAAGGUACUAUCUUCACUGGUGACACUGUUCUAAUACGUGGAUGUGGACGCACUGAUUUCCAAGAAGGUGAUCCAAGGAAAUUGUACGAAAAUGUGCACUCUAAGAUUUUCUCGUUGCCGGAAAACUUUCGUAUUUAUCCAGCUCAUGAUUAUAAAGGUCAACUAGAGAGCACUGUGUAUGAAGAAAAGACUUUGAAUCCACGCUUGACAAAAAGUCUUGAGGAGUUUGUUACAAUAAUGAACAACUUGAAUUUGCCAAAGCCAAAGCAAAUUGACAAGGCAGUCCCAGCUAACCGUGAAUGUGGGAUAUAUGACAUUCCAAAGUAAACAUUUCGAUUUAUUAAAUAGUUAAUGUAUUAAGCUAUAUGGAUUCUAUAAAACAAUGUUAUGUACCUACAAAGAAAAUAUAUAAGUAUAUUGUUAUUAUAUUUGUCGAUAUGUAAAUGAGAAGUAAUAUUUUUUUAAAUAAAGAUAAAAUUCAUGUAAAUAGUAAUGAACAAUUGAAACCCA